AUGAUCGCUUGGGCUCGCCCGGAUUCCUUUUACAUCCACCCGAUAUGUCGCUGGCAACUGCGCGAAGUCUGUCAGCGCGAGCAGACGGCACAACACAAAGCCCCAGUCAGGCAGGCAGCCUUCGACGGUCCCGGGCCCGAGUUAGGACGCGGUUGGAACCUGAUAUCUCCGGCACACCGACAAAGCACACCGGCCAACGACCUCCGGCUUCGUCCGCCUGGCGCCCGUCAUGGACUCCUUCCGGUGCAGGACAGCCCAACCCUAACUCGAUGCCGGCACAUGUCUCGAUGUCGCCUCAUAACAGCCAGCAACCUCAGACUUAUUUGUACGCAGCGCCGCGUGAUCAGCAGCCCAGAUGGGUGGAACACGGCCUUUCCGUGGGCGGCGCAAGCAGCGCAGGCGGGUGCCUCGACACCCAACACUGGGCGCAUGGCUGACUAUUCCUACCCCGCAUUGCGAGGGGAGCUGAGCCCGAUGCCCAAGUACAUGAAGGUCUUCACUGUGCCAAAGGACGUGCACUAUGAGGAGGAAGUCGUCAUCGAGCCGAUUAUCCAAAAUCUUGGCAUCGGCAAUAAGGAGAUGGAGCAGCGGAUUACGGAGCAGAUGGGCAAUCUGUACGAUUUCUUCAGGCGAUUGUACGACCAAGAUCAGGAGGAGAUCCGCUGCUUGCAAGCGCAGAUGGAGCAGCGAGACAUGGAGCUCCGGCAACUGCGCCGGACGAAGCUGGCGGCAAAUGAGGAAGAGGGAAAGGUCACCACGCCGCGAUCAGCCAGCAAAUGGAGAGAACGGAAGGACCAGGACCAGCUGCACAGCCAGCCACGCCUUGUCCAAAGCGCCGCAUGCUCACCUGGGCCGCCACCAUCACCCCCGAAGCAGCCGAGCAAGCCGAUGGUAUCCGUGGUUAUGCCACCAGUUACAAGUCCGGCCCGUCCCCUUUUCAAGUGGUGGGCCAUCGUCCACGACCUGUACAACCGGCAUUCGACACUGUGGCAAGGCGCUUUGUUUCUGCUCCUGCUUAUCCUCGCAGUCGGCUUGCUGGCAGGUCUGCUGACCAGCCAAUCCUCAGACGGCUCCAGGGGAAUGUACGCAACCUUCACGGACCCUGACCCCGCUGUUGUCAGCCUCUGGUCCACAGGAAUGGCAUUUUCUGUCAACAUGUCUCAGGGCACUACAAUGUACUAUGCCCUCGUUCCUGUUGUAUCCCUCCUGGCAUCCAACAAGACACCCUCCGCUGCAGACAUCAAAACACUCCUACAGGGCCCCACGCUCUCACCACUGCGUGGCUUGGCAGCGGCAUGCGGUGAGCGUAUUGCCGUGCAGAGCCAGGCCUUCACUUUUAAUGUUGCUACGAGCUCAGUCGCUGUGGAUAAGUCGACGGCGGGAAAGCCCUGCGAGGUUACCGGCACCCUGCCAGAUCAGUGCAGCCUCUGCCCAGAAGUGCAGCCGGGGACGACUUACACCUUGCUCGUUGCUUUUUCGCAAAGCGAUGAUGUUUAUAAGAUGCAGCCCUUGCCGCCUUCCCCGUCGCCAUUGGCUUCGCUGCCACCGUCGUCACCCUUGCCGCCUUCCCCGUCGCCAUUGGCUUCGCUGCCACCGUCGUCAUCCUUGCCGCCACCGUUGCUACCGCCGCUACCCCAGCUGCCGUCGCCAUCACCGACAUUAACACCUGCGCAGCCACCAGUGCCGCCGUCAUCGCCACCGCCAUUGACGCCCCGCGCCCCGGGCCUCAAGGUUAUGCCCGCAGUUACUGUUGUCGGGCAAACAGCUUUCGAUUUGUCCUUUUCACUUUCCAAUCCGGGCGUCGUGCGCUUCAUGGUCAUGUACCCGGUAUUGUACGCGCAAUCAGGUGGAACUUACGUGUCCUUCGCCACUGCUGAACCCGUUGCCGGCCAAGCGCUGGUUAUGACCUCAGCACCCUCAUCGGCAAUCCUUGGACUGAAUGGUGUGGUCGCAGCUGGGUCCGUUAACGUCACCACUGACCUGCUGUACACAAUCCGCGUGGACGGCAGCUUGCCAGGUGCCAGCAACGCGGCUGCGACGUGUUUGUGUGAAGCCCGAACGUGCAACUGCUCGGCACCGGCCCCAUGCCAUGGCCAGAUGUGCAACGUCGGGCCCUCUGCGCUGGUGCCCAGCACCACGUACAAGGUUUACAUGUCGACCAGUACUCCUGACGGUGUCUCUGACACGCAAGGACCCAUCUACGUCGGCAACGUAACCACAGUCGCCGAUGCCGUGGCCCCCACGCUUUCUUCAAGCGCUGUGAUUUCCGAAAACACUAUUACCCCCAGCGGCUUCACCUUAAGCGGCCUUCAGCUCGACACGGAAGGCUUGUUAUAUGUCAUGAUUUCCAGGCCAUCGGGGGGACAACAGAGCAUCCCCGCAGGCACAGCAACGGCUAUUAAGGAAGAUGUCUUCGGUCGACGGCGGCAGCUUUCAGUUCUACGGGGUCGGCCUCGGACCGUGUUGCAGCAGACAGUGCAGGCCUCUGAUAAUACCUCUUCGUACGGUUCGCUGCUGGUCAUGGACCCAGCACCGGCUGCCCAGGUAUUCACGCCGGCUUGCCCCCGCAAGGUUCCCUGCGACCCUGCUAAGGUUUUAGCUGCGUAUGUUGACUUAACGGUGGAGGUGCUGGCGCUGCCGGUACAAUGCGUGGCUGUCGCAAAUAUACGCGAUGGGCCUAUGGUCCAGGUGCUAGAUGGCCUGGCCAACGACACGACUUACAUUGUCCGCCUCAUCACCGAAGACAUUGCCAGCACCGUGUCGGUACAGGCUUCGUUCCGAUCCUUCAAUCUCACCAUCACGCUGUCUGAACCUGGAGCCUUAGUGGGUUUUCUGUACACAGCAGAGGGAGCAGCCAACGUUUCGUUCACGCCGCCGCGAUCCUGGCCGCCCAGUCCACAGGGCCCAGUCAUCCAGCAGGCCACAGCUGCCACUACGAUCCCUCCAAACGGGACUGUGCCGCCGAGCUCUACAAGCUACAUUUUGUCCUUUAAUAACCCCGCCAUCAACCCCAAGACCACCUACAGCGUUGCUUUGGUCGUACGGGAUCUUGCCGGCAAUGUGCAGACAGCCACAAAGUUGGUGACAGUGCGUACAGACGAUAAUAUACCGCCGGUUUGGCUUACAGUAGUUUUGCAGCCCGGAGCCUUUAAUGCCACGUUGUCAGUACAACUCGAUGAACCCUCAACAGCGUUUUGGUUUUGUCUCUUGGGCAAUGUGCAAUGCCUCCCAGCGACCACGCUUUUCGGGUUGGUUGACUCAUUGUCAGCUACCCCAGGGGGACUUGCGGCCAUGGGCAACGUUUCCGUCACGUUUGACAAUGGGUCAGCUUCUGCCACGAUCCCGGGCCUCCGUGACGGCGUUACAUACACCUUGUGCUUAGUUGCCCAAGAUGCUGCGCCAUUGAAAAAUCGCCAAAUCGCGACACGUCGCCAGUUGUUCACCACGCUUGACCGCACACCACCCACCCUACUGGUAUCGGUCAUCCCCGGAACAGAUGGCAACUUCACGUGCGACAGGUCCGUGUUCAGGUGCCAGCUGUCCCUGAACAUUUCACUCAGCGAAUCUGGCAGCUCCGCCUUGGCCCUUCAGUACGCCGACGCGUAUCAGAACAAUUUCACCACGGACUCACUCAUCGACAUUAGCGUCACUAAUCCACCGACAGGCGUGCUCCGGGCUGCUGUCGUAAUGUUUAACAGCUCAGGUUUUUUAUAUGUUCACCUGAGCGACCUCCCUUCUGGUCGAGGAUACAGUCUGGACAUCGCUGGCGUUGAUGUCGCCGGUAACAUACAGCCGCUUCUACAGUCCUUAACGCUCCUCGCACCUGAUGUAACACCACCGAACUUCACCCGUUACUCGGCCGCCAGUGUUGCUGACACGUUCAUAACGGCCAAUGUCAGCCUGAACGAGCCAAGCAUAGUUCUGUGGUUGGUGACAAGUGCUGGUGCGCAGGUUCCCAACGCCACACAGCUAGUUGCAGCUGUUCAGCGUAACCAGAGCAUGGUAGGUUUGACAGCAUAUGCCCCCAUGGUUGCAAGUGGGCCGGUCACGUGGCACAUUGGCGGCCUUAUUGUUGGACAGGUCUACGAUUUGCAUAUGUUAGCGCGCGAUGCCAGCGGCAACCAGCAGGCAAAUGUGACAUCCAUCCUGCGUAUCCGUGUCCAAGACUCCACACCGCCCAUUAUUUACAGCCUAACAACUUCUCUUGCCGCAACGGGGAACCGCUUGAUAAUAAGCGUGAACGCGUCUAAGCCGGGGACGCUACGCUAUGUCGCUAUCACACCUGGGGCCUCUUCACCGACCCAGCAGCAGCUGCUGCAGGCAGCCGCUGCGAACUUCAGCGGGCAGCUGCCAGUCCCAACUGCGUUGACUAUCGCAUCAGCUGUUUUAUGCGUAGCUGACGGUGGGUCAUACCAGCUAUGGGCGAUGCAGGAGGACACGGAGGGCCGCAUCAUGCCGGCAGCAGCUUCCACAACAAGCAACGCCAGCGUAUCGUCAUGGGUUCGAGAUUACGUGCUGGUUGGCGGCUUGGGUGGAGGAGUUGUUAGCGACGGCACCGUUUUGGCGUUCGUGGAAGACCAGCAGCUUGGGAAACUGGACUUCAAGCCCGCCCGGCCACCUCCAAUGCAGAUCCGCAUCGUGGUGCAAACGCCGAUUCUAUACCUUGAGCCCGCUGCCGCCGUUGCCAGCACUACGGCGGAUCCCGGUCGCAAGCUCCGCAGCUACGCGGCAUUGGUGCUGUCCGAUUGCAAUGUGACUUCGGCAACGGCUGGGUCGUCUUCACUGCCUAGUGGUGCAGGCAUGUGCCACGUCGAGGUCCCGGUACAGGCGUUCCCGGCCGCUGGUGUGUCUAUGCAGGCCUCCUUGCGGAUUGAUCUUUACAACGGGAGCAUUUUUCUUCUUUCGUCUGUGACAGAGCAGCUCAGCUUGCGUAGCGCAGCCACGGCAAUACCGUCAGCCCCGACGACUGGUGCAAUUCUGCUCCUCGCGCUACCAACCCGUGCGUUACGACCUGGCGAGACAUUCCGUGCCACACUCUCGGCCUUCGUGGGCAGCCAGCAGAUGAUUACCGGCUUUACCAUACGAGUCCUGUAUAACGCAUCCCGGAUGAAUUAUGUCAAGACGGAGAAGUCGACCCUGUGGUCGGAGGUGGCUGCUGCGCCCUUGUCAGAUGACAAUGGUGGCAUGGCAUUGUGGCUCUCUGCGAUCCAACGAACGGCUGCGGACUCAAUGGAAAUUAAGGGCCACGCCCUUCCGUUUGUACCAGUGGUGAUGUUCCAGGACUUCAAUGCAAUUAGCGUCGCAACCUCAGGGAGGAUUACGGUUGCCACGCCACGGCAGCUAGGCUUGAUGGCGUACAUGACUAAUCACGACCUGUUCAACUCCGCUGUGUUAGAUGGAAAGGAUGUAAUUGCACCCAUCCAGGCUCUCGUUGUCGCCGAUUGGUCCCCCAGCUUACUCAUGGAUGGAACCCUUACUAUUCCGAGUGGAGCCAGCUGUUCUUGCGCUGCACCAACGAACACGAUCAGUGCAUUAACCGUUGCGAGCUGCCAUGUUGUGCUGGCAUCAUCACAUAGCCAGCCAGCGAGACAGGCCAGCCUCUCAAUUACAUGCGGCAGCAAUGCGGCCUUGCGGGCACAGGUUGUGGUGAGUGUCUGGUAUCCUAGUAGUUACAGGGUCGAAUCUAGUGAUCCAGACAGCACUCUUAGCAGCCUUCUACCCAUAAACGUGCCGAUUUCAUCCGUUGGGAGCUGCUCGGACAGAUACCAAAGCGCCCGGCUUUAUCUCCUCACUACCUGGAUGAAUGGGGGUCGUUCAAGCGACGACUACAUCACGGACGUGGAUGUGACUUACCUCGUGGCGAACUGGACAGUGGAUAAACCUCAAGCGUUGCGCCUUGUAAAUGCCACAGCUACGGGCCUUUCACCUGACCCGGCUGUGAACGUGUCAGCUCUGGGCGCUGGAGGCAAAGUGCUGGCCAGCAUGCAACUUGGAGUUUCAAGUGAACCGGUUUGCGUUGAGGCAUUGGAGGCUGUUGCAAUCUCUAACGUCUCGGUGUCUGGUGACACACAGCCGAUUAGCUUCAGCCGGUGGCGUGAACUCAACUGGGAAGGUGCAUCUGCCAAGGUCAGCGUGUUUGCCAGUUUUAGCGACGGCACCGUCAUGCCCGUGUCAGGCGCUUCCAGCACCACUGCGUAUCAGCCUACAGGCAGCACACUUCCGUUCAGCCUUCAGACACUCUCCGGCUACCCAGCUCUAAAACUGACGGUUAAUACUUCAUUCGGUUCACCUGCGGCGUGUGGGGUUCUCCUGAAGACGAGUUGGAGCAUUUGCAGUGGGACAACUUUUGCUGGUGCUGGAGUGAUGAUGGCCACUGGUGUGGACAACCCUAUGCUAAUGGCUUCCCUUUGCAACAGGGCCAGGGAUAACCUUUUUGUGUUUUUCAUUUUGCAGCCGUCCUCUCUUUUCGUUACCAGCACCAAUAGUGGUGCAUCGCAGCCACCAAUCAGCGUGCCAACGCAGUCGUAUCUUAAGGUCAUGGUGGCUUUUGAUGAUGGCAUAGUUCGUGACAUGACUAACGACACUCGGGUUCAAGUCCUGGUCUAUCAAGGCGCCGACCUGUGCCGGGUUGCGACGGCAGGUCAACCCUACGUGGAAGCAAUCGCUGGGAAGUCAGGCAAUUGCGAGCUUGAGGCCCGAGCUUCCUUUGCGGGCCUGCCCGUGCUGCGCAGUACCACCAACACGACAGUCGUGACGUUUGUGUCAAUGCAGGUUUAUGUGCCUGAUGGCACUCCGGCCCUACCGCCCACGACGAACAGUAGCACACUUACCAACUUGGUAGUAUCACAGCUUGACCCGAUAUACCUGUUCAAGUGCGAUUUUAGUCAUUACAUGCCGGCGAGCGUGUGGGCUAUGGGCCAGCUGAGCAGCUGUGGUGUAAGCUGCAACCUCGCCGACUUGAAUGACCCCAUCAUAACACGCCUGCUGCUUACCGAUAUAUCAGUUGUCAACCUUGAGAUCAACCCCUCCAACAUCAGCCUUACCAACGUGCUCAUUCCGAUCAAGCCGGGGAAAAGUAAUUUGCGAGUCUCUUUCGGCACUGCAAUUAGCAACUUAUUCACGGUGUCUGUGGAGGAUCCCUUCCAAGCCGGUUGGCCGCGCGUGUUCGGCAUUAUGGAGACAGGGUUUACAAUAGCCGCGAACAUGAGCAGCGGGUCUUACAAGGUGACUUACCUUGUGCAAUCACAGAACGGGAGUGGUAUCAUUGCGCCUGCUGCAGCCGAAGUGGAACGAGCCGUUAACUACACGAUCUUCCUCGCGGUUCGUUUCGAGGUGAUACGACAAUCAAAGCUUAUUAACACUGUCUUUGUCAUAAACGGCGUCCUCACUCCAGAUAAUACGGCGCCGACAUUUACGGCUCUGGGAGAUGCGCAAGGUAUGACGCAGGACUCGCAGCGCUUCACUAUGCGCGUACCUGUUGCAUUGAGUGAAGCGGGGACUGUCAGCUAUGCAAUUUACCGGAAUAGCUCAUGCAUUACAGGCGCCGAGCAGCUACCCAGGCAGACAGUGCGCAUUGCGGGAGAGUUGCCAACGAAUAUCUGUGUUUGUCCCGACACGUCACUUUGCCUGCCCGUGGCCUGGGGGAACAUAACAUUGUCAGGCGACCAGCUGAGUGACGUUAUAACGAUACGGGGGAUGUUGCCGCCGAACCCGUACAACUACCUGAGUAAAUUGGCGCCAGACCAGUUGACCUGCAGUACAGACUACUUGCCCGCCCCAGCGACCCCUGCGCACAUGCUGUACCUGGUGGCCCAGGACGAUUUUCCAACCUAUAAAGACUGGAACGUGACGUGCAUGGCCCCGGCGUCAUCCCCGGGAACCCUCUGUGCAGCGACAGCCCUCGCGCCCUGUGUAGCUACCCCGCCAGCAGGCUCUGGGGCAGGCGGCGUGAAUGUACAGAGUGAACCGUACAAGCUGGUUCAACUAGGUCAAGUGUUACCAGCCAGUAUGUCAGAAUCACCUAUACUCGCAUCGUUUAACUUGCCAACGGGAAACCAGGUGACCUUUGACCCGGUUGGAACUGCCGUAACGGUCACACAUCGCACUAUAACCCUGCAAUUUAAGGUUACUAGGGCGGCGGCGGUCCAGUAUCGCUUGGAUCAAUUUAAUGGUGCCAAAGCCUUUUCCGGAGCUGCAGCAGAUUGGGCUAAGCAGGGCUCCGUAAACAUACGUCUGAAGUUGCAGACAGUAGCGGUACAACUGUCAAAGCAUUGUGCUUCAAUGUGCAGGGGAUAG